GCGGUGUCUUGUGGCCGCGUUUGUUGCUGAGGUGAAUAAACACCCGAGAGCCGGCACCUCGUCGCUGAGCGGAAUGUUAUCGACAGGACGGCCGCUCGGGGAAACGAUGGCGUUGAGCUGAGUGGGUUUCUCCGGUGCCCUGGGCCUCGUUUGGAUUUUUCUCCCGUCUCCUUCCCCCCCCCCCCCUUUCACACACCUUGGACUCUGAGGAGCUGCUUCGGCCGAGGGCAGAGUGAGGGGCGACGACGGCCGCUUCCGCCCAGAGAAGGAAAUAAUUGUCUGUUUACAAAAAUCCGUUUUGAAGAAGAGCAGAGAUGUCUGAAGAUCAGGCUGAGGAAACUCGGCUCUGUGCCAACUGCAAACGUGACAUUCCUGCAACUAACUUCACCAUUCAUGAAAUCCACUGUAGAAGAAACAUUGAUCUUUGCAGGUAUUGUCAUGAACCCUUCCCUAAAUCUGAGAUGGAGGAACACUUUGAAACAGAACAUGCACUGGUUGACUGUAAGUGCAGCAUGAAGGUAGAAAAAAACCAGUUGGAGAAACAUGAGAAUAUAGAAUGCCCUUUGCGAUUGGUUAAAUGUCAAUACUGCGAGCUGGAGCUGGCAUUCAACAAAUCUCAAGAGCAUGCUGAUUAUUGUGGAUCGAGGACUGAACCUUGUCCAGCUUGUCAUCGCAAUGUUCUGGUCAAAGACUUAAACAUACACCACAUCACCUGUGGCAAAGACGUGGAGGAAAAGAAUAACAACCGUAUGAAACCUGGGUCUGAAUGUCACUUUGAAGAAAAUGUUGGGACCUGGUUUGAAAACCAACCAUUUGGGAAUCUACUUCGGGCUGAGCAGAACCGUAUUCGGGCUAGGCCAAGAAUUUCCAGACAGUUGGAAACCAAAGUUCAUGGAAACCAGGAGAUGGGAUUUCCAGUGAGGGGGGUGGAUAGGAGAAAUAUGCCAAUCAUAAGGAGAGACCAGAAUCAAGCCAGUGUAAUGAGGGUCGAGAGAAAUCGUGUAGCAGAUCCUGCAGGUCCUGGGCAUGUAGAUUCCAACUCUAACCUGGAUUACCUGCUUGCUCUCAGUCUCCAAAAUGAGAACAAUGGUGGAGAAGGAGAGUGGCCAUCUCUGUGGGAGGAUACUCGCACUGCUCACAGGCAUUCAGAGCUAGAAAACGUUGUGGACUUGUUCAACAAUCGGUCGUCAUCUGAUGUAUUCCCAGCUCCUGUAAAUGCCCAUGAAGAGAUAACAACAAAUGAUGUCACAAUGUUGCCUUGUGAGUUCUGUGAAGAACUUUUCCCUGAAGAAGAAUUAAUUCUUCACCAGACUGGCUGUAACCCAGUAAGUGCCUUUGCAUCAUUCAGUAAAAAUACCACACUUAUACCGCCGCUGCAAAGGGUCUCCAUUCCCAGGACGAACGAGUUUUUCUCCCAUCGUCCUCACUUGAAUCCCGAAUUAUUUUCAGAAGACUUUUCGCUGCCAUCAUACGGUCCAUUUGUGGGCUCCAGUGAUGGUGAUGUCAUGAUCCCCUGUGAGUUCUGCGGUAUAGCGUUGGAAGAAGAUGUGCUAUAUCAUCAUCAGGAUCAGUGCGAUUUGCGACCACCAUCAGCAAGACCACCUGAUCGAGAAAUCAGUCAGCCAUUCCUAGUCAACAACACUGAGACAAGAGAACUUCCGCAAGUGCCCAUUCAUCGACAGAGACACCAGGGAGAUGUCAGGCCAAAUCAUUUUUCUCAUCUUGAUGGUGUUAUCCAGCCAAGACCAGCAAUUCGACCUUCAGUUAGAAUGAAACCAACAGCAGCCCCAGCAACAUUCAGACAGGGGAAUGGUGCCCAAAAACCCUUAGCAAGCCAAGAUACAGAGGCCAUUGCCCCAAAUACCAGAGGUGUCAAGGCUUCCAACAGAGAAGCAUCUGAGCUGAGGCGGCUGGCCCGGAAACCUCUGGAACCAUCAGUGGGCUCUACUCGUCCUAUUGGAGAUGUGUUUCCAGAGAGCUACAAACCCACUUUUCCACACGCACCUGCUGCUAGAUCCAGUCUGAGAACAGAAGGAUCUAGGAUUUCUAGGAAUACAGUUCCUCCUACCUCCAGGAGCAGAGUUCCAGGAAUAAAGAAUAUACCGAAAACAAGACCAGAAAAUGAUGGGAAAGAGGAGUGAUGAAAUUGAACUGAACUACACUCAUUGCAAUGGUACAGUAACAUACACUGCUGUUGUUGUAAAAGCACCGUACGCUCUUGGAAUAGCUGCUCGACAAGACAGCAACACACCGUAUGCUCUUGGAAUAGCUGCUUGACAAGACAGCAACACACCAUUCUCAGUCCAUCAACAGAAACGGAAAUUUACAAAAAGAAAGUUUGCACCAGCAUGGAAGCAUUUUGCUCGUGACGGGUUCAGGACGAACUGCUCCCAACUGCGGCACAGAUUCCACCUGCACUUCCACCUCAAUUUCUUUUCUUAAAAGUAGGGUCAAGGAAGUUCUUGCAUCACCGUUUGUUGCAAAAAGAUCUGGGAAUUCCAGGUGUAUCCUGCUCAGCCGCUGAGAGGAUCUUCACGGUAGUGGAUGGCAUAGCGGAGCUUUUCCAGCAUGAUGUCGAGUGAGGAAUACUGAGGAAGUUUGAUCAUAAACAUACAGGUUUCCACCCUGAUGUAUCGGGAAUCUGGUGAACCUGAACAUGAAAGGAGAAACAAGGGCAGAUAAGUUAAACAAAAUGAACGAUUCCUAGCAGUCCCCACACAAAUCUUUCUUACUGUUGCACAUAAAAUCCAAUUAUGUAAGUUUCUAUGAUUUCUUAAUUUGCUAUUUUCACUAACCAUCCAUCCUUUGGACCCAUUCAUAUUCUCUGGUAAUAGCUGUACUUUUGAAGGUGAGAUUCCCUCCAUCUUGGGUAUGGCUCCACAGGCAGCAGAUUUUAACAUACAAUUCUAGACACUAUGGUUCAACAGACUUUUCAUCCACUGGUCGCAAUGUAGCUGAGCCCAACUGCAUUUUUAUCCAUUUUCUAUACACCAUUGUGUGGUGUUACUGUGCAGCAAAUUAGGCCCAAGAACCCUGGUUGACAUUUCCCUCCUUCAGGUUAAGAGGUGCCAUGGCAAAUUUCAAAAUCUGUACUACUGCCUGACAGUGAUGAAAAGCUCAACAGAGAUUGGGAAUUGACUUGGAGCCUUUUUGGCUUUUAUGGCUCAGCUCCACGUCUGACCAAUGUACUUACCAUCUCAAUGAUCAAAGCCCCAGCCCUUUUUUGAAAUAUUUUUCAUCCAGGUUCCCCAUAUGCCAACCACCACCUCUGGUCAGGGAACUGAGCAACCAGCCUGCUACCAACAAAGCAGCUCUGAAACCAGUAGCUUGGAAGAUUGAUUCUAGUUGUUACUUCUCUAGUGAGAAGUGCCUUUUCCUCAUUCCACAGUGGUACAGCUCAAACGAGGAAUUCCUAGUUAUGGAUAAGAUCAGUUAAUUGGUGUGUUUUCAAUUGUUACUGCUCAUGUGCAACUAGAUUGAGAAGUUCUUGAAGUUAUCUCUUACAGUGUCUGCUAAAAAUAUUUAAAAUGAAAUGCACACAUUCACUUCCUACCCAGCUCUUCGAUGCAUCAUAUUUUUGUCCUUUCCCAAAGGUUUUCUGAAACACACUAUUCAGUAAAGAGAAAUUCAGUUUCUCAUGAACAAUUUAGAUUUCUACCCCCCAAAUAUUGGUUUUCAAAUGUCACUGGACACAGUGUACAGAGAGAUAGUCUCCAGCUGAGCCUUAAGUUUAUGAUGUCAGUUACACCCUCAGGUGAAGCUGCAGAGUGCAAGUGCUUUUUCAUGGGAAAAUGAUAAAAAUCUGGAAAGCGACCCAGCCUCUGGCCUAGUGAUAUCACCAGAAGGGAGAAUGCAUUUCUGUCAUCUAUGCUGACGGAUGGUGAGAGUUACAGGGCACAGAAGGGGUGAAGUAGAAAAUAUUCAUCACUGUGGCAACACAGCCUCAACUGCUGUUAAAAGGCUGAAAGGACCGACUGCAACUGUGAUUCACCAGAAGCACAUACAUAACUCUUCAGAUUACCUGCAGCUCCAUCAGGAGGGGCGAUCUUCAUUGGAUAUGGUGGAACGUGGGCAGUAUCUGGGCCUCCAUCUUUGCAUGGACAGGUGAAUGGUAUUCGUUCCUGGUUGCAGGCAAACUUGAUGAAUUUGCAGAGUUCCUCCUGAGUGAACGUUUCUAAAGCUGCCCAGAAGAAUUCAAUAUGCUGGUCAGUCUCCAUCAGUCCCACCUGGUACAUGGUGUGAGCCUGGGUGGGAGCAGAGCAACAAAGUCGCAUAUGUGACAAUACAACAAAUAUAUUCUACUAGUUUCUCUUUCUUUAUAAACAGGUCAAGCAAUUUACCAUGACCAAAAAUUGCAGAAUGGAUGCAGGGAAAAUAUUGGCAAUUGUGGGAUACUUAUUUCCAGGAAUUAGUUGGACUCACUCAUCGGCAAAUUAUUUUUCAUUUGCUUUAAGGUUCAAGAAUGAUUUUUUUCUUUGAUUAUCUAAAAUUGAAAGAUGUUUCCAGCUGUUCUUACAGUCAGUAAACGUUCUCUGCUUGAUUCUACUUUAAACUCUGAAUUAUAGUGUUUGUGACUGGAGCUGAGCAGAGCAGACUUGUUGGUUACUAAUAACAGCUGAUCUUGUAAACUCCACAUUCUCAGUUCCAAUAACCAGCACUUUACUACUGUUUACAAUUAAAACUAGAGUUUGAAGUUAAGAGGAGAGGUGAGACUGUGUCGAGCUUGUAGGACCAAGUUCCAGUAAUCAGCUGGCCAUGUAGUUAGCAAGUGCAAGGUUUCAUGCUACUCAAAGGCACUUAACAGUCAGCAAUUGCAGCAUUCUCCAACUGGACCAAUCUUCCAAAAAAUAUAAAAUUAAUGGCCGCGCUCAUUUAUAUUACAAAGCUAUCACUGGAGAUACAGAAUUUCAGGCAGAAUGGCAAAAUUACAUGUGCAACAUCUAAAUAAUGUUGUGCUGAUCACCAAAUUCUUCUGCAGUAUAAAUUAAGAGGAUUUUGAAUAAUGUGCUGCAAAAGAACAGGUUAUAGGAAGGUGAGGUGCAUUGAUGAUCAAAGUGGUUUCUAGGACUAGUUUCCUUAACUUCAUGAACGAUGAGUACCUUUAGAAACUCCAGGUUUAUGUAGGGCAGGCCACAUGUCCUCAGCUCCAUUUCCAGUGGUGUUGGCAGUGUCAGGAGCUGUAAGGGAAUGAUAGAGCCAAGCCCUGCACGCACUGCAGUCAUGCAGUCAGUGUUCUCUAUCUCUUGUAGCCUCAGAUUGCGGAUUGCUGACGCAUAUGCAUCUUUAUUUUCCCACCUGUACAAAAUGAAAACAACAAUAGGGCAUGAAACAUGACAUCAGGAAAUAAAUUGUUCAACACUUUGCACUAAGUAUAAAAACAUGAACACAGUACAGGUUGGGAGGGAUAAGGCUGAAAGAGAUUGUAGCAGUUGAAGUUGUUCAUUCCUUCCUACAAACAGCUUUUCUUCUUCAAGUUAUCCCCUCUUAUCAUUCUAUAAGAAGCAGUCUUCCUUUUAACCUAGAGCAGUGUUGAGUUUUUGGACUCUGGGUAUCAUAGCUGAGCUUGAUUCUAUCCUCACCCAUUCAAAUAAAGGCUUUCCAACACAAGAACCUGGACUGUGAUCAGUUGUGACAAUCCAGGCUGCUUAUUUCUUCCCAAAUGGAGACCAACUGUAGUUUCCAAGACACAUUGAACUGUUUGGAUCAAUGCAAUGCCAUUUAUUCAUGGGAAUACUUUUCUGCUCAUUCUUUUUCUCUGAAUGGUGUGCAUCAGUGAGGCUAGUGAUAUACUUGCAAGACUAACAUCCCCAACACCGCCCAUCCUCCUCCCCUACCAAAUGCCACCCAAGAUAGGAGGCAAGGUGCACGCCCACAAAAGGCAAAAUUAAAGCAGCAACUUGCUCUGAACUUCAUCUGUAUGCCUUUCACUGACUAAAAUUUCACUUCUCUCGACCCCUCCAUUCUCUGGCUUGUUAUGCUGCUUGUCCAACAUACUGUACUAGAGGAGCAGAAAUUCUCUCCAAUUAAAUGUUUGGAAGACCAAAGCCAUUGUUUUUGUUUCUUGCCACAGCCUCUGUUCCUCAGCCACUGGUUUCAUCCUUUCCUCUGGCCACUGACUAAGGGCAAAACAGAUUGUUUGCAACUUUGGUGUCAUAUUUGACCCCAAGAUGAGCUUCCAACCUACAUAUCCGUGUCAUUGCCAAAACCACCUCCUUUCACCUCCAGAACAUUACCCCUCUCUGCCCAUCUCAGCUCAUCUGUUGCUGAAACUCACAUCCAUGUCAUUGUUUACUCCAGACAUGACUUUUUCCAAUAAUUUCCUGAAAUGAAAACUGAAAAUGCUGCAAAAAAACUCAGCAGGUCUGGCAGCAUCUGUG